ACGCUUAAGCAAAAUGUCAGAUUGCUGGAAUGCGGGUGCAAUUAUCGCGACCGUCUUUCUUCCACCUCUUGGAACCUUCAUGAAGAAGGAGUGCGGAUACGAAUUCUGGAUCUCUAUUCUACUCACACUCUGCUUUUGGAUCCCUGGAAUGAUUUACUCUGCGUGGGUUGUUGCCCAACA